AUGUCAAACUUUCUGGCUGCCGCACCCGAGCCUCCCACGGAGCUGGGCAGACUGCGUGUGCUCUCGUCCACCGCCGGAAUCCGCGUUUCCCCACUGGCCCUGGGUGCCAUGUCAAUUGGAGAGGCAUGGGCUGAGGCCAUGGGUGCGAUGAACAAAGAACAGUCGUUCAAGCUCCUCGACGCCUAUUUCGAAUCAGGAGGAAACUUCAUCGAUACCGCGAACAAUUACCAGGACGAGCAGUCAGAAACAUGGAUCGGCGACUGGAUGGCCGAGAGGGGUAACAGGGAUCGCAUCGUGAUUGCCACGAAGUACACGUCCGACUUCAGGAACCACAAGUACGGCAAGGGUAACACGGCGAAUUUCAUGGGAAACCACCGCCGAAGUCUCCAUCUCAGCGUUGAGGCGUCCCUGAAGAAGUUGCAGACCGAUUUCAUCGACAUCUUAUAUCUGCACUGGUGGGAUCACACGACGUCAAUCAAGGAGAUCAUGGACUCCCUGCAUAUCCUGGUUGAGCAAGGAAAGGUCCUUUAUCUCGGUAUCUCUGACACGCCUGCCUGGGUCGUCAGCGCAGCGAAUACCUAUGCCAUCGACCACGGAAAGACGCCCUUCAGUGUGUAUCAAGGACGUUGGAGCGUCAUGCACCGCGAUUUCGAGCGCGAUAUUCUCCCAAUGGCCAAGAUGUUCGGCAUGGCCUUGUGUCCGUGGGACGUCCUGGGUUCCGGCAAGUUCCAGACGAAGAAGGCCAUCGAGGAGCGCAAGAAGACCGGCGAGGGCUUAAGGUCGUUCGUCAGUACGGGAGAGCAGACGGAAAUGGAGAUCAAGAUCAGCGAGGCACUUGCCAAGGUCGCGAGCGAGCAUGGCACCGAGAGUGUGACAGCUAUUGCCCUGGCCUACGUCCGCAGCAAGGCGCCGAAUGUUUUCCCUAUUGUGGGAGGCCGAAAGGUCGAGCACUUGAAGGACAACGUCAACGCUCUCAAGAUCAAGCUCACAGAUGAGCAGAUUGAAUAUUUGGAGAGUGUCAAGCCGUUUGAGAUUGGGUUUCCAAGCAACUUCGUAGGUGAUGACCCGAACAUCACCGGGCACUCUGCGCGUCUGGCUCGCGGUGCUCAAAUGUCGUGGCCCAACGCUGGUCGCCAGACUAGUGUGUAG